AUGGCAAUAGCUGCAGCUCUUAUACCCCUCCAAACCACUGCACUGACACCAUACACACGAAGCCUCUGGGACAUGAUCCUCCCACCCGAUGACCCAUUUCGAAUCCUCGAACAAAACCCAUUAACGAGCUCAAAAGACAUGGAACCCCUGGCCCUCACCCGAGCAGAUUGGAAAGAAACACCAACAUCACAUAUAAUAUCACUGGACGUUCCGGGGAUGAAGAAAGAAGAUUUGAAGAUCGAGGUUGAUGAGAACAGGGAGUUGAGGGUGAGUGGAGAGAGAAAGGGGGAGGAGGAGGUCGAGGGUGAGAAGUGGCACAGGGUUGAGAGAACUGUUGGGAGGUUUUGGAGGCAAUUCAGGUUGCCUAGGAAUGCAGAUUUGGAGAAUAUGAAGGCUCAUUUUGAGAAUGGUGUGCUGAGGAUUACUGUGCCCAAGUUAGCUGAGGAGAAGAAGAAGACAACUAAGGUGAUUAGCAUUGCUGAUGAAGGGAAUGGUGGCGAGGAUAUCAAGGCUACAAAGGCUGAGCUAAUUGUUAAGUUCAGCAUUGGUCAUUACAGGUUUCAAUGA